AUGGAAGCGGCAGGAAACCAGAGGUGCAGGGGGAAACGUUCCAAAAGAGCACGAAAGGAAGAUUUUCCCAAAAGAAGAGCAAGGGCCGGUGGCAAGGAUUCAAAAGAAGACGAGAGGCCUGCAGAGGUCCGGAAGAAGCAGGGCUGGCAGAGGGUCCCAUGGGGAAGCAAGAAGCUGGGGCGGAGUCCAGAGACGGCUCGGGCUGCUGGGGCGAGGAGGGGUGGCCCUUCAGCAGAGGGCCAGGCAGGGAGGAGAAGCGACAAAAAAACAAGGGAAGUUGAGAUGGAGACAGUGGAAGGCUCCAUAUGUGGACGGAAUUCGGCUCUUCAGUCUUCCCAGCAGUCUUUGCUUGGAGUUCCGGAGAGGAGAGGGCGGAGUGAGAGCUCCCACCUUCCCCUCAGUCUCUUUCCCUCAGAUUGGGCAGCAGCACAGAGGAGGGGCCUGGAAUGCCACACUGCAGUCCCUCCAGUCCUGGAGCCGCUGUCAGGCGAGGAGCCGUCACCAGCUGAGGACCACGAGCAGGACUCCUUCAGACCUCUGAUUGGCCAGCUGACGGACCAGUCAUCCUGUCUCGCUGCUGACCACAUGGACUCGGCCAUGGAGCAGCUGGUAGGUCAACCAUCGGCUCACUCUUCCAUGAUUGGUCAGCUACCUGGUCCGAUCUCGACAAGCUUUGAUCACGGCGGCUGGGACUCCACUCUGAGCCGGAUGAUUGGGCGACUGUCCCAUCAGUCCAGCUCUCAUUGGCUGAGUGGUGGGCAGAACUUUUAUGCAGGUCAGCUGAUGGGCCGUGCAGUCGGUUUGGAGCAGUCGGCCGCGUGGUCGGAGGAGGGUCCGGAGUGGAGCGGAAUGAGGCCGCUGGUCGGGGAACUGGACGAGUCAGCAGGCCGGCAGGGAGCCAGCUCAGAUGAACGAACCCACGCUGAUCUUGGUGUCUCAACUGAGGCCAGUGUGCCGCCGUCUUACACAGUGUUUCCUCCUGAAGCCUGGCCCCACAGCGCCUCUCCCCCAGGUGUGAGUCCACUGCAGCAGACCCUGCUCAUACAGGCAGCAUCACCACCAGACCGGGGUCCAGAGAGGACUGUAGACUCAUUCCACCCGCUACUGGCGGAGGUCCCCCACAACGAGACAGCAGACCCCUCCAUGACCUUUCACCUACCUGACCACCAUGUGCCUAGCUGUACUGAAGGACGGCCACACAGCAGGGGGGAGGAGUCUGAAGUCAGCCCUGAUCCUUCUGUUGAGUCUGAGCCGUCCCCUGAGCGCCUCCGAGCAGAGCAGCCGGCCAGCUGCACGGCCGCCCCCCCCCUGCAUGGAUUCUUCUCUCAGCUCAUCACUUCCCAGUGCCACCCCCAUGCUUUAGCCAUUUGUGAUGAUUCACUUACUGUGGGCGAAGCAGAUAAAGACAGAAACCCAAUUUCUGUUAGGGGUGGAGAUUCAGUCCCACUCAGUGACCUCUCUGUGGGGAUAUUG